GCAAAAUAACCUUUUUAGUCAUUUAAAUUUUAACUACCGUCCUUAUUUAACAUACGUAAAAAUGAAGUCUCAAAUAAUUCUUUUGAUGAUUUUUUCAUUCGUCCAUUUCUUCAAAUCAACAGAAUCUUCAAAUAUCCUUGGUGUAUUUCUAACACACAGUCCAUCAAAUGUGAUUCAUCAUAUGGCUGUAGCUCGGGCAUUAAUUGAACGUGGCCAUAAUUUAACAGUGAUAACAUCGAUUCCUUUGAAGGAAAAAAAUCCUGGUUAUAGACAUAUUUUUCUGAAACAACAGGAACUAUCCCAAAAGGAUAUGGACACAAUAAUCAAUGAUGCCAAAACUACACCAGUUCAUCUUAAGAUCUUCAAAGUGUAUUCUCUAAUCAAGAAAAUUAUAAACCAAUAUUCAGAAUUCACAUCUGAUCCGGAUUUCAUUGAUUUCCUGAAGGAAGAAAAUCAUUUCGAUUUGAUGAUCCUCGGCUAUGCCUUCAAUGAUCUUCCAUUGGGUAUAGCAGCUCAUUUCAAAUGUCCUGUGGUGAUGUCAUUUCCUAUUCAACCUUUUGGUCAUGUUUCACGAAUGAUUGGCAAUCCAACGCAUACAGCAUUUGUUCCAUUUUCACCAUUUAUGGAAUCAAGUCAAAUGGAUCUAUCGAGGAGGAUUAUAAAUGUUUUUCUUAGCACUGCCGAGAGAAUUCUUACUGCAGUUCUUCACUUUUUUUCUGAAAGACUAUAUGAGAAAAACUUUCCAUCGGAUAGAUAUCGAACACUUUCCGAAAUGAAGGAAAAUAUAUCACUUAUCCUGUUUAACCAUCAUUUUAGUGAAGGUCCUGUUAGACCUUUAGUUCCUGGACUGGUUGAAAUUGGAGGUAUACAAAUUAAGGAUAAACCUAAUCCAUUGCCGAAGAAUAUUGAAAAAUUUCUAGAAAAUUCCGAAAAAGGUGCAAUACUCUUCAGUCUUGGAUCAAAUGUUCGUGAACAUCAUUUAGGACCAAAUGGUACCGAAAUCAUCUUUAAAGUCCUUUCAAAUCUUCCUUACAAGAUUUUAUGGAAAUUUGAUGGAGAAAAUCUACCAGGGAACUCAACAAAUAUCUACUUUUCAAAAUGGCUUCCUCAAGACGAUAUUCUAGCUCAUAAAAACAUAAAACUUUUCAUCAAUCACGGUGGUAAAGGAAGUAUUACUGAAGCUGAAUAUCAUGAAGUUCCAAUGGUUGCAUUACCAGUUUAUGGUGAUCAUCCUAAAAAUGCAGCUAUCAUGCAAAAUAAAGGACAUGGUAUUGUCCUAGAUUAUCGAACACUCACUGAAGAAUCAUUUCGAAAAACUAUUAUGGAAGUUUUAGAAAAUGAAAAAUAUAAAAAUGCAGUGCAGAAAUUUUCAAGAGUCUAUCGUGAUCGACCGAUAACAGCACGAGAAAAUGCUGUUUAUUGGAUUGAAUAUGUGAUAAGACAUAGCGGUGCUCAACAUAUGCAAAGUCCAUUGAAAUAUAUGAAUUUCUUUGAGGCAAAUAGUUUAGAUGUUUUUGUGAUAUUAUGUUGUGUAAUUUAUUUAAUUGUUAAAUUUGUAAAUAUGUUUGUGAUGUUAUCGUUUAAGAUGGCAGAAAAAAUGGUAGAAAUUGCACAGAAAGAAAAACAGCAAUGAAUAUUUAUGAAUAAGUAGAAUAAGAUAGUUUAAUAAAAAUAUGAUUAAGUUUUUUUUAAGAAAAUUCUCUUUUUGUUACUUAGAAUUGUGUAUUGUCAUGUCACCAAAUUUAUAUCGAAAAGCCUGGAACUACUUCAUAAACAGCAUUAUACUAAUAGUUACAAUUAAGGAAGAUCUUAAUUAUUAGAAACCCAAAGACAAACCAGAAAUAUAUACAUUUUGAAUGUACAAUUUGAUAUUUUCACCAA